AGAGAGAGAGAGUAAUCAUGGGUCCAUUGUGUAUUUGUAUCAGUAAAGUAGGCUGUGGCCCUGCCCAGUGAGGUCUAGUGACAAAGUGUUUAUAUUGCAUGUGGAUUUUCCACCUUGGCACAAAUACCAAGUGGGAAAGCAAACAAUCACCAGCUUUUAAUUUGAACAGCAAAGUUGCCGGUUCUCAGUCUCAGGGAUGACGCUCCCAAAGACCAGGAUUUUUUCUUUGAUGCUUCUCAGCUCAAUUUUUGUACUAGUUCUAUUAUCAUGGGGACUUUUCUCAAGAAAUAUUAGCUUUGCUACUGUCUCAGGAAUAAGCAAACACAUGUAUGAGGAUAUAAUAGGAAACUUGACUCCACACGCACAUGCAGCUGAAACUGUUGAUUCCACUAAAACAAACCCAGUGACGAAGCAAAAAGCGGCUCAGAUGAGCGUCUCACAUGCAGUUGUGGCUGAGACUCCGAUGCCCAUCCUCAACAGAAGCUCCUUUAAGAAGUGUCCUCAGUGGGAUUUUGAUGAUGUCUAUAACCAGGACGCUCCACCCAGACUGUGGACCUGUGCCGAGUCUCUGAGAAACUCUGAGGAUGAGAGCUUCAAGAAGGCUUUCCUUCCCAACAUACGUCUGUUUCUGCACAAGGACAACAUCAACAUGAGCGAGUGGAACCGGCUCUCACAUUUUAACAAUCCUUUUGGUUUUAUGCAGUUCCCCUACAAAGAAGUGAUGAGUGCAGUGAAGUUGAUCCCGACAAAAGAGCCGCUGCUCUUUCCAAAGCCAGGCAAUGGCGGGUGUAUCCGCUGUGCUGUGGUGGGCACCGGGGGGAUCCUCAACGGCUCCAGAAUGGGGGAAGAAAUUGACGCUCACGAUUACGUUUUCCGGAUGAAUGGUGCAGUCAUUGAUGGUUUUGAGGAGGACGUAGGAAACAGAACUUCGGUGUAUGUUCACACAGCCCACUCCAUUACAGCAUCGCCAUAUUUCUUCAGGAAGUACGGAUACAAAGCUGCCCCUCACGACGAGGGUAUAAAAUACGUGAUGAUCCCUGAGGGGAUGAGGGAUUACAAUUGGCUUCGGGGUCUUCUGAGAGGAGAAAGGAUUGUUAAUGGCUCAUAUAAAAACACAAGACCGAGGACGUACUACUCCGGGCAGUACAAUGAGUCCCGCUUCUAUGUUCUGCACCAGGAUUUCCUCAGAUAUGUUCGAAACAGGUUCUUAAAGUCGGCUCAUCUGAAUGCUUCAUACUGGGCAAUAGUCAGACCAACCAAUGGGGCAUUCGCUAUCUUCCUGGCUCUGCACACCUGUGACACUGUGAACGUUUAUGGAUUCAUAACUGCGGACUACAAAAAAUACAACAACUACUAUUGUCAGAAAAACAUCAAAACUCGUGUCAUUUUCUAUGCCAAUCAUGACUAUAACCUGGAGAUGAAAACAUGGAAAAAACUACAUGACAGCAAAGUACUGAAGCUAUAUCAAAGACCGGACUCAGAACCAGAGACAGAAAAGCCAAGGUAACACUGACACUGUCACACUGAGAGUGACAGUAAUGGCGUCUGGAAUCUAGGUCAUUUUUUUAAACUGUUAUUUUCUUAUUCUUUAUCCAAAAGAUAUGACUUUUCUUGAUUUUUAAAAGAUAUAUAUUUGACCCUCUUUGAUAUAAAUGUGGUGGACAUAUUACAAGUAACACAUCUUUUUCUCUUUUAUUGUAAAUCUGUAUCUUUUGUUAUGUUUUUAUAUUUUAUUACUUUGUAAAGCACUUUGAAUCACCAUGUUGUAUGAAAUGUGCUAUAUAAAUAAAGUUGCCCUUUCUACGUGCACACAGUUUAGAAACUAUUGACUCCAACAUGAACAUAAAGUUUAACCCUCAGUUUUCUUGUGCUGCAUUCAGACACCUUUCACUAGUAUUGAAACCUCUGACAGCUCAAAUAAAAUUAUUUUCAUUUCUUUCAAAAACAUGGGAAAAACAUAAUGGGCAACUUGGCAAGAAAUGCCCCACAAACUCAAAAAAAAAAAAAAAAAAGAAAUAAAAGGAAGAGUACGAGGUGUCUAAAAGAUGUGGGUAGUUUCAUGUAAUCGUGUUUUCACAUUUUUUUGUUGUAAUGCAGUUGCUGUUAAUCUGUCAGUCUGUUUCUGGUUUGUUUUUUGUUCAUAAGGCAGCACAUUGUGUAUUCUGUGGCUAUAACCUUGUGUAACAUCAGAUAAUCUGAGUCAUUGUAAACAAUGUUCAUACUGUGUGUGGCUUCAUCGGUUACUUCAUCCUAAGUGAACCACAGUCAACAGUUAUAGUCAACGCAACUAGUUCCAGUAUAUCUGAUGGGACGGGUAACAUUUUCAUGCCAUCAAUUUAAAGAAUUAAUCUUAAAUUAAAUGUGAUCAGUUGGUCUGAUGGUUGGGCCACCACUAGUCAUAAAGCUUUGUCUAGACGUUCAUGGUUCCCAGAAGAUGAAACUUGAUUAUUAUGAUGAUCUCCUGAUCUGUCAGCAGUUUAAAGAGUAACUUAUGUUUUAUUUCAACAUGUUAUAUGUUUAAGUGACUAAAAGGAGCUACAAUUUUUGAAACUGGUCCAGCAUUGAGCAAGAGGGUGGCAGCUGGCAGUUGUGAAACAAGCUGCAGUGUAAUCAAUCUGGGCAUUUGUACAUCAUCAAAUUACAUCCACUAAAAAUAUUUGCAGGAUCUGAUUGUUAUUGUAAGUGUCUGACAACACGUAAAAAGAAUUCCUUCAGAAACAAACCUUUUUGUUUAACCACAAUCAGCCCCAAAACUGUAUUUAAACCCACCAGACUCAGUUUAGAUAAACAAUAAUUUAAGGAUGUAUAGAGCCAGAAUAUUUUCAUAUCUAAUUGAGCGAACUAAGUGUUUAUUUCAACCAAACAGGAGUUGGUGAUUGUUGAAACAGUGUUAAUAUGAAAAAAGAAUAUUUUUCUGAGUUUUAUUUCGUCUCUAUCUACUUUGAGUGAAGUGUGUUUUACGAUGAUAAAAUUACUGUUUGUCUAAAUGGAGUCUGGUGAGUUUGUCUAUAGCAAUUUUGGGGCUGCUUCAGGUUAAACAAAUGCAUUUUGUUCUUUAAAAAAAGGUAAUUUCUGAAGGAAUACUUUCCAUAAUGUUGGCAGACAAUUAUUACAACAAUCUGAGUCUGUCGGUGGCAAAACAAGCACAUUUAAUGGAUGUAAACUGAUGGUAGACAAAUGCCCCCAGUGGUUACACUGCAGCCUGUUUUUCUGCUAGUCUUCUCAUUUAAUACUGGACCAAUUUUUUCAAAAGAAAUGUUGUUCCUAUUAGUCACUUAGGAUGCUAGUUAGUUAGUUUUUAAAUCUGAAGAUAUGAUAUACUUAACCCACAGCUAAGACAAUAGACUUAAAACUGGAGAUGUAAUAAUUUAAAUAUAUAAUAAAUUCUUGACAUUUGA